AUGACUACUAGCAAAAUAGGUGUACGCCACGCAGGCCAUGGCCACACUGUGAACAUCAAAUAUGGCUACAUUAUUUUCGGCGUGUCCGUUUUGUAUGCAUUGCUUUUGGCGCUGGCCCAUUUCCUCGAGCUCCGUCAAUGGCGCCGCCAAAAAAGGCCCAGCCGUUCAUCUGUGUGGGCCCGCAUCAAUAACGCUCCGUUUUGGGUUCAUACGCUCCUCUGGGCGGCAAUUGUUGUUGGGCUAGCGUUUACCAACGUGCAUGAUCUUUCGCAGAACUGGACGGUGGUGGUUAAGCGGUUGGGCCGGUUGGCUUUCUGUUUGGUACCGCUUGAUCUUGCCCUCGCGUUGCGGCCGUGUUUGUUGGGCCAGUCGUACUUGGAGCUCAUGCCGUUGCACAAGUGGCUUCUGCGGUUGAUUAUUUUGGCCGGCGUUGUUCACGGAAUAGGUUUUUUCGUCAAGUGGACCAUUCACCACCAGUUGGGCAAAGCCAAGCGGUGGGCCAACUUGGCCGGGAUAAUAGUUGCGCUUUUCUCGGUUCUUCUUGUCAUUGUGUCGUCACGACCCGUUCGCCGCCGCUUCUACUCCUAUUUCUACGCCUUCCACAACUUCACGGUGGCGCUUUUUGUUCUUUUGAUGAUUUGGCAUGCUCGCCCCGGAGUUAGCGAUUUUGUGCUCCUUUCUGUGGCGCUUCUUCUUUUCCAGGGGGCUCUGCGUGUGUACAAUGGCUACUCUGUGCCCGGCUUGACCAUUGUGGAUGCAGAUGCGGCCAGCCUCCGGCUUUUGCGUCUACAGAAACCUAAUCUGUUCCCAAGUGUCUGGCAGCCGGGCUCGCACAUCCGAGUUGGAUUGCCUCUUUCGAGUUGGCAGAGCUGGGUCUUCCCAGCACAUCUAUACACCUUGUGUCUGUCGCCAGCGAAUGACACUCUCAACUUGGUUGUGAAAAAGGGCCGGCGAUUCGAAAUGCUCACGUCACUUGAAUAUCGCGUUUCGUGCCCCUAUGCAUCUCUCCCGACUCCGUGGCUCAGCACAGCAGAGAAUGUGCAUAUCGUGUGUGGUGGGUCUGGAAUUUCACUCGGGAUUCCGCUCUAUGAGUAUUUUGAUAACAAACUGUCCGUGUUGGCUAAUCUCCAUUGGUGUGUGUCCAAUGCGCGGGAUACUUUUGUGCUUUCCGAAUUGGGCGUCAACAAUCCUGUCAACGUAUAUGUGACAUCCGGGAAGAUUGACCAAUCGUCCUACGACGAUGCUGACAAUGAAGAUGCUGGCUUAUUGGGCGCAGGGGACAACAUUGAGCUCGAACCGAUUCCGGCGGAAAACAAGUCCAAUCCAUUCACCGACGAUCAUGCAGUGAACUGCGCGGAACAAAGGAUACAGAUGCAUGCAGGCCGGCCAAACUUGAGUGAAAUUUUAGCCUCCUUUUCGGAAACAGACGAUAACGCCCACAAGUUACUUAUCGUAUGCGGACCCGUGGGCCUCAUUCGUGAUGUCCGUGCAUAUGGUGAUGCCCAUGGUAUUGCCGUCUUUAGCGAACUUUACAAUAUGUAG